AUGCCCCGAGCUAGUGACGAACAUUGUAGUCGUGGGAUGCCAUUCUACCGGACGAAGUCCUGCAUCAGGUGCUCUCCUUUUUGCCCAUCGCCAACAUCAUCAAAUUGGGCAUCAUGUGCAAACGGUGGCCGCGUGUACGACCCUUGUCUCCUCCGAUGGUACAACUUCGACUCCCCCCGCUUAAAAAAGAGCAUCUGGCGCGCGUCCUCCUCCUGCGGCCUCGUCUGCUUAAUGAACGUCAAUGACGGGAACCGCUUAUUGGUCGGCAAUCCCAUCAAAAGAGACUGGAAGUUGCUUCCUCAAGUCCCCGACAGCUCUUCCCUCCACUACAACGCGCUCGCCUUGUCGUUAGACUGCCGCACGCGCGGCUACACCGUGGCCGUCGCCAAGUGCACCCACACCCUGCUGCCAGGGAACUCCUGUCAUUGGUACUUAUCCGUCCACAUCUACGAAUCGACCACAAAAUCGUGGGCCACGCCCUUUGCCCAAGACAUCGGCUUCCGGAUGGGCAGCAACAAGGCCGUCAUAUGCAGCGGCGUGCUCUAUUACUUCAUUGGCCUGCACCCGUGGCAUCGCUGCCUAGUAGCAUUCGAUCUUUCCAAGCCGCCCUCAAGCACAGAGUCUCUGAUUCAAGAAUCGAUUCGUUGUCCAUACCGUCUUGCCUGUGCUGGGUUGAUCAACCUAUCGAACAAAUUGGUCAUGGUCGGCAUGAUUGAGUACUACUGGCCGAACGAGGCAGAGGGAGUGGUGAUUUUGAAACUCGAGGAUAAGACAUGGCGAGAGGUGGCUCGAAUGUCGAUCUCCAUGUACAUGACGUUACACGGCAAAAAUUUCAUUUGUUGCGGUGCCGGCGACUUCCUCUUCAUGCACUCCUCGUUGUGCCCGGAGCUAUUGACCUUCGACAUGAGGCAGAAGGUGUGGAAAUGGUCGAGCCAGCUGUGUCCAUGCCCGCGCCCCGACACUGAGCCAUUGCAGUUCAGGUCCCUAUGCUACUCCGGCUUCCGUUUCGAACCGAGGCUUGACGUCUCUUCUUGA